AUGAGGGCCGGCCGGCGGGCGGCGGGGCUGCGGCGGCGGCCGCCGGGCUGCUCGGGGCGGCGGCGGGCGGCCGCGGCGAAGCUGGCGCUGGGGCCGGGCGGGGAGGCGGCCGGCGCCCGUUUAUCGCCGUUGUGUUUUUCAAACCUCCUUGAGCUUGAGGUUACGUGGGCCUGCUGUCCCUUGACCCCAGUAGCAGUGUCCUUACCUACAGGAGUGACCUCUGGCACAGGCACAGCAGAGCUGCCAGUGCUGCUUCGCGUCAGCUGUGUUGGCUUGGUGUUUGCGUGCAAUGCGGUGAUGUGGACAGUCUUUGCAAAAGCCUUGCGACUCUCUUCCUCCUUGGCUGCUGCCUCUGUGACAACGACAGCCUCCAACUUCAUCUCUUCGGCAAUCCUGGGCAAACUGCUCUUCGGGGAGACGUGGUCGCCUCUGUGGUGGGUCGGCCUCUCCACUACACUCUGUGGGCUCAUGCUGCUGCACACAGCUGCGCCCCAGCUGGUGCAGGUCCCAGCAGAGAAGAAGGAGUGAGAGCUGCUGGAGGGGGCAUGGUACCAUGCUGCCCCUCUCCAGCCUGUCUCAUGAUGGCGUCCCCAGUGCCCACCGACCUUUGAACACGUCAACCAUGGACCUGCUAACCCCUGCUCACUUGCUGACCCUCUGACUUGCAAAGUCACCUUGAUUGCAUCUUUCCUGGCAGGUUGGCAGUGUUGUGGUGGCAGUGACAGCCUCGGAGGGAGCUGAUCCACUCUGAGUCAGUAUUGUGAAAAUCAGGGCCGGAGGCUUAUCAGCUGCUCCUCCUCUUCACACCCUGCAGCUGUGGAGCUUUCCCAGUUCAGGGAAGGCUGAAAGUAAACAUAGUGGCUGUGGAAGGUGCCUGUGCAUUAGUACUUUUCCGUAAAAGGAUCUAUCCCAAAAUAGAAUCAGAAGUAGAUGCUGAAGGCAGCUGAUA